AUGUACCUGCCUGUCGGAUCGAGAAAAAAAUGGUACGUAGCUAUGUCGAUAUUGCUAUUUUGUUUUCGUCAUUUAUUUCAAAUUGGAAUGACUGCUAAGGAUCAAAAAUCAUCUGCACCGAACAAUUCACAUCAGACAACAUUGUACAAAGAUAUCGGACCACAUCAAUGGCCUAUUAUCUAUUCAAGUCGUUAUAAUAUUGGAUUUAUGAAAAUGGAGAAACUCCACCCGUUUGAUUCAGGAAAAUGGGGUAAAAUCAUACGAUUUUUAAAAGAAGGUGACAUGAUCACAGAUGAUACAAUUGUUGAGCCACAAGAAGCAACAGAUGCGGAUCUAUUAGUUGUACAUACAACACGAUAUUUAUCGAGUUUAAAAUGGAGUAUUAAUGUGGCAAGAGUCUUGGAAGUUCCUCCAAUUGCCUUUUUACCAAAUUUUCUCGUACGAUCACGGGUUUUACGACCAUUACGUUAUCAAACUGGUGGAACCAUUCUCGCUGGAAAACUGGCGUUAGAACGGGGUUUUGCGAUCAAUGUGGGCGGUGGCUUCCAUCACUGUAGUGGCGAUGCAGGAGGGGGAUUUUGUGCAUAUGCUGAUAUAACGUUGCUGAUACAUUUUCUAUUCAAUCAUUAUCCGGAGAAAAUAAAAAAAGUUAUGAUCGUCGAUUUGGAUGCUCAUCAGGGUAAUGGACAUGAACGUGAUUUUAUGACCAAUGAAAAUGUCUUUAUAAUAGACAUGUAUAAUAGUAGAAUUUACCCACAUGAUGAAUCUGCUAAAAAAGCCAUCGAUUUAAAAAUAGAACUUGAACAUCAUACAAACGAUUCAACAUAUUUAAAUUUGCUCGAAAAACAUUUAGAAAAGUCAUUGGAUUAUUUUCAUCCUGACUUUGGGGUUGCAACACGAGAUGAAAUUGUCUUUACAAAUUGUAUUAAAAAACGUCAAAUUCCAAUUGUAAUGUGUACAAGUGGAGGUUAUCAACAAACAAAUGCACGAGUUAUUGCCGAUUCAUUAUUUAAUCUACAUAAAAAAGAAUUGAUUUCAUGUGAUGCUGCCGAAGAAUUGUUAACAAAAAUGGUUGAAAAAAAAACUGUAAAAGAUUUGGAAGAAUUGAAAACUCUUGUCAAUGAACUUGGCAAAGAUAAACGUAUAUUUGUCUUAUUUUCUGGUUCAAAGGAUAAAAAUGGUGAAAGUUGGUGUCCAGAUUGUGUGACAGCUGAUCCAAAAGUUGAAGCGAGUUUAAAACAUAUGCCAGAUAAUGGUGUUUUUGUUUAUUGUCCUGUCGGUGAUCGAGCAACUUGGAAAGAUGCAAAUAAUCCAUUUAGAAAAGACCCGGCAACACGGUUAACCAACGUUCCAACAUAUCUAGAAUAUGGCACGAAAAAGAAAUUAGUUGAAAGUGACCUAUCGACUGAUGAAGGUGAUGAUAAGAAGGAUGGAUCUGGUCUAAUUCAUCAAGAUAGUGGAUCAUCUCCAUUAAAGUAUCAACGUACUACAACAAACAGAAGCAGUAGAUCAACGAGCAAUAAUUUGAUCAACAAUGCAGAACUCAGCAUAGAAGAGAAAGAAAAUAAAGAAUUAUGUAACACUCACCCGUUGAACACGGUUAAUUAUUCAAAAACAGCUAAGCGAUGUGAAAAAUUGAAUAAAGAAGCUUCAAUAAAUAAAAGUAAUGAGACGCAAAAUUCUCGGUUAAAACGUGGUAAACUUCAACAACCUAUACAAGAUGAAGAAAUCAGUGACGAUGAUACAGAUCAAUGGUUUAUAAGCGACGAACUUGAUAAAGCUUUAUCUCAGUGGCAAACAGAAAAUGGUUUAUCUGAUGAAUGCCUUAGAGAAUAUAAACAAUUGUAUCGAAAAUAUGGUCCGAUGCCUGCAUUGGAAGAACUCCAAGAAUAUGAAAAGUCUUUACAGAAAUGA